GAGACAGGCCGAGCCGAGUGUUCACUAAAGCUCACGGCGCAGGCGAGCUGAACAUCCGGAGAAAAAAUAACACAUCUGGAUUUGCUUUUAGAGGCUCAGCGAGGAAAGAGGUUUAUGCAACUGCUCCAGUUUCACAUCUAUUCCUAGAAAUAUGGAGGCGGAAAACAAUCCAGUAACAACACCAUCAAUCUUUGCUACACUUUCUACGGGCAUCUCCGGUAACAACCUGACCAAUGAUACUCAGUGUCCACACUGGGAAAUAUGGGACUGGUUGUACAUCAUGCAGCCCGCUUACAUGUUCAUCAUAUUUGUCUUGGGAAUCCUCGGCAACGUCUUUGUCCUGUUGGUUUUCGGCCUCCAUAAGAAAGCGUGCACCGUGGCCGAGAUCUAUUUGGGAAAUUUGGCCGCCGCGGACCUUCUGUUGGUCUCGUGCCUGCCCUUCUGGGCCCUCAACAUAGCCAACGGCUUCGACUGGCAGUUCGGCUCGCUGAUGUGCCGUCUGGUCAACACGGGCAUCAGAAUGAACAUGUUCUGCAGUAUUUAUCUACUGGUGCUGGUGAGCGGCGAUCGCUUCAUCGCGCUGGUGCACGCCAUGUCCCGCGGGAGAAUGAGGCGACCUCGCUGUGCCAAGCUCAGCUGCAUGGCUGUCUGGGGUCUAGGGUUGCUCCUGAACAUCCCAACGCUUCAUUUCAGAGAUACCCAAUACAUCCCCGAGUUCAACAUCACGGCUUGCAUUUUGAAGUACCCGACUCCAAAGGUGGGCCUCGUUUGUGACGUUGUACUCAUUUUGCUAGGUUUCAUAGUGCCAAUGAUUGUGAUUUCCUACUGCACGAUUAAGAUCAUCCGAGCUCUUCACGUGCAGAUUAUAGACCGCUUCAACGCGGAGAACACGGAGCGCAAGGCCACGUUUCUUGUCCUGGUCGUGCUGAUAGCAUUUCUGCUGUGUUGGGUGCCGUUCCACGUGGUGACCCUGCUGGAUAUUCUGUUCCGGGUCGGAGCUCUGGCCGGAUGCGACGUGGGAUCGGCCAUUGACAUCUCUAAUCAAAUAAGCACAUACUUGGCUUUAAGCAACAGCGUGUUGAACCCGAUACUGUAUGUGAUUGUUGGUAAGAACUUCAGGAAGAAGGUCAAAGAAUUAGCAAAGCAACUCACAGAAAAGAGAAAAGAUAUUGGAGGAUCGACACGAUCACAAACCAUAUCAACCGUAAAGACCCUCACAACACUUUAACAACACAAAGUGUGAAUAAAGUUUACAGGCACAUAUUUACAAUUCAGAAAUUAUUUAAAUUAUAACUUAAAUGAUAUGGAGUUGGCUGAAACAUACAGCGAUGCAUUAUGAUUACAAUUACAAACCGUCCACUGUUAACCCAGAUAUUGUCUUUACUUAAACAAACAAGUAAACAUCACUUAAUAUUUUCUGUUUUGAAGCCAAAGCUUAAAAAGUUUAGUUGAUUUAACUUUUAAGCUUACAAAAUCCAUUACACUAAAUCAUUCAAGUAAAAUUAUUAGUUUUAAUUUUGUGUUAUAAUACCAUUUAUGACAUCAAAAGUAAUAUAAAGUGAUAAA